AUGUCCAGUUUGCAAAGAGUAAUACCCCAGGAGGCCCCUCGUAUUCUGGGGGGGGGCACAAACUGCACUGAGAUAAGGUCCGGGAAGGACGGCGUCAAAAAAGGAGCAGGGUCCGGGAAGGACAUAAGUAGGAAGAACGAGUCCGCGAAGGACGUAGUAGCUAUAGGGUCCGUUAAGGACAAUGAAGGGAGAUCGUCCGGAACCGCUCUCGUGUCGGACGAUAGCAUGGCCACAGCUGGGUCGGCCCAAUCGUCGGCCCGCUCUUCGCCGACACGCAGACAGCGAAAAAGAGUACUGACGAUCAGUAGUGACGAGCUUGGAAGCAGUUCCGGCUCUGACGGAGCAGCCUCUACUGGCAAAGGUGGUGUCAUGCCGCAAUCAAAGAGAGGGCGUGGUCGUCUGCCGACCACUGGUCUGACUGCGGACAAACAGACGUGUCUUAAAACUCAGCGCUCUGAGAUAAAGGCCACCGGUAGCAUGAGUAGUAUGCGCGAAGUAAGAAGCGCAAAAGCCACGGAAGGGAGCCCUAAAAAGGAUCCUGAGUGUCGUCUGAAGGAGAGUGCCGCGAUGGCCCUGAAGGUAUGCAGUAAGCCCGGCAACCUGAAGAGUACGUAUCAACGUGCCCUAAAGGAAUUGGCGGUGACAAUAAUGGAGGUCACAGAAGAGCUGGCGAACCGUCCCGCGGCCCAAGAGACGGAAAGGCUGCGAGCGGUAAACGCCGGUCAGCAGGAACUGCAGGAGGUACGUAAGGAGCUGGCACGCAUCUCACGGGCUUUGACGUUGUCCAACCCAGUCGAAACCCCAGCCCCAGCUUCAACCACCACGACAGAGGACCAGGAGGAGCUACGUGUCCAACGCAUUAUGCGUGCCGUCGGCACCAUGGUUGACGCUCGCUUUGCGAGUCUGGAGAUGCGGCUGCCCCCGGAGCCUCGCAUCAGGCCACCCCUGGCGGCGGAUAGACGGAAGACCUGUGAGAAAUCGCCAGACCCUCCUCUCAUCGUUGAUGCUACGCUGGAAUCAACAUCGGUACAAGCAGCAUUGCCGCCCUCCGCGAAUAAGAAGACACAAGGCCCUAGACGCAAGACCACGGUGCUAGCACCCCUGUCCGAACUGGGUGCCUUCCCUCCGGCUCCAGUUGUUUUAACCGAAAGCUGGUCCACGGUCACCCGUAGGGGUGCUAAGUCAAGGGGGGAGGCCGUGAGAACAGUCGCAGCUUUUCCACCGGAGGAGAAAGCACCGUCUUCAAAGAAGAGGACGAAGAAGCGGCUUCGAGCUCCGCGUUCUCAGGCUGUGGUAUUAAAACUACAGCCAGAAGCCGCAAGCCGCGGCCUUACAUAUCGGUCCGUCCUUGCGGAAGCGAGGGCAAAGAUCGACCUAGAAUCGUUAGGCAUCCCGGUCCAGAGGAUUCGGUCCUCUUUAACCGGUGCCAAGGUCCUGGUGGUAGAUGGAGGCGAUCAAGUGGAGAAGGCCGAUCUCCUGGCGAAUAGGCUGAAAGAAAUUCUACCCGCAGAGGGCGUCGAGAUCUCCAGGCCAUCGGUGACUGCAGCGAUGCGCAUCAGUGGCCUCGACGACUCGGUGUCGCGUGAGGAGAUCGCCGAUGAGCUCGCCAAAAUCGGGGGGUGCCCGCCUGAAAGUAUCAAGGUCGGGGAAAUAAAGUCCGGUCCAGGCGGGAUGGGCCAAGUCUUAGUUCGAUGCCCGGUCUCAACAGCUGCGAAAAUCGCAGCAGUCCCCAAGCUGAGGAUUGGCUGGAGCGUACUCCGCGCUCAUUUGUUGGAGGCCAGGAGGCUGCAGUGCUUUCGGUGCCACGAGCUGGGCCACGUGAGCGCACGUUGCCCGUCGUCAGUUGACCGCAGCCGGGAUUGCUACCGGUGCGGCCAGGCCGGUCACGUGGCCUCUGGCUGCUCGCUGGCGCUGCACUGCACCGUUUGUGUCUCUGCUGGCAGACCGGCGGACCACGUCUCCGGGGGCAAGGCUUGCGCCAAGCCCCCGAGACAGAGACAACGACGGCAGGAUUUCGCCACGCUUGAGAGCGCGCGGAGUCGGCCCGGUAUGGCCUCGGCGACACCGAUGGACGCCCAGUCAUGA